AACACGCAGCACAGGGCAAAAAGGACUUUUCACUACCUCCUUCUUCCUUCUUCGGAUGCUUUAAUUCUUCCAAUGGGAAAAUUCGAGCAAAAAGCGCAACUCAAAAAAGUCUCCUGUAUUCUUUUCAGGCAUGAAAAACAAUUCAAUCAAUCAAUCAAAGUUUCAAAAAUGGAAGAAAGGAAUCCAAAAUUCCUUCAAAGAAAACUGCAUUAAUGGCGUUUCUUCUUCACCUUCACUGAAAAAAGAAAUGUCUGCAACAACAGAUGAGUUCCCCCAAGAUCUCCAAUGGCCUCUGCAACUCAUUUCGUCUUCAACCCCAGACCUGCAGACCAUCUCCUUCUUCCUCUCCCAGCCCUCAUCGGCGGCUUCUUUCCAGGAAACAGACAAAUCCCUCACCGUCAACAUCGCACCCUCCGCCGCCGCGCUCUUCUCGGAGCUCCUCUCAGCUCUGGCCUCCAAUGGCGGCCACUCCUCAUUGACGAACGUCGAGUUCCACCUCGUCGAGUGGGACGACCUGAAAAUGAAAGACCUCCGAACGAUUCUCGAAACCAAUCCCAGCAUCAAACAGCUCACCUUUAAAAGAAACAAAUUCUCACCGGAAUGCCUGUCGGAGCUGUCGGAAGCUGUUCGGAGAAACGAUUCCAUCAAGGAAAUCACGGUGGCGGAAUCCGGGAUCGGCACCGGCGGCGCCGCCCUUCUGGCCUCCGCUCUCAAGGAGAAUCGGUCACUGGAGGAAUUCCAGGUGUGGGAAGAUUCAAUCGGAUUGAAGGGGGCGGAGGAGCUCGCGAAGAUGAUCGAAGUGAACUCGACUCUAAAACUUCUCACCGUCUUCGACUCCAAUCCGGCCACCGCGGCGCCGCUGAUUUCGGCGGCGCUGGCGAGGAACAGAGCCAUGGAGGUCCACAUCUGGACCUCCGAUCGCGAUCAGAAGACCUCCAAAGUGCUCGAAUUCAUGCCGGGAAACAGCACACUCCGCGUGUACUACAAUCUCGACAUCUCCGGCGCCUGCCGCCUCGCCUGUUCCAUGGCCUGGAAUUCCACCGUCCGAUCGCUCGAUAUGGCCGGAGUAAAGCUCAAAUCGAAGUGGGCGAAGGAAUUCCGGUGGGUUCUGGAGCAGAAUCACACCCUCAAAGAGCUCCGCCUGUCCAACACCAGCCUCAAGAACAAGGCCGCCGUGUACAUCGCCGCCGGCCUGUUCAAAAACCAGAGCCUGGAAAAGCUCUACCUUGACAGGAACCUGUUCGGCGGGGUCGCCGUCGAGCAUUUGCUCUGCCCGCUGAGCAGAUUCUCAGCCGUGCAAAAGCAGGCCAACACGACAUUGAAAUCGAUCACAUUCGGAGGAGCCAAGGCCAAAAUCGGGCGAGACGGGCUCGCCGCCAUUCUCCAGAUGCUGACAGGCAACCAAAGCGUGAUCUAUUUCGGAAUCUACGAUGACCGGAGCCUGAAGCCCGACGACAUCGUCAGAAUCUUCAAGAGCCUAGAGACGAACCCCGUGCUGCGGCGCCUAUCCCUGCAAGGCUGCAAAGGCGUGCAAGGCGACGCCGUGCUGCAGGCUGUCAUCGAAACCUUAAACUCGAAUCCUUGGAUUGAAGACAUCGAUCUCUCCAGGACACCCCUCCAGGCUUCGGGACAAGCCGAUGGCAUAAACCGGAUAUUAUGUCUAAACGAAAGGACUCGCGAAGAAGCCGAGGUAGAGACAGAUACCGAUCUCCUUGAGAACACGCAGACAACUGCCCCGAAGAGCUGCCGGGUUUUCCUCUGCGGCCAAGAACACGCCGGGAAAGGCACAUUAUGCAAUGCCAUAUCGCAGAACAUUUCCCCGUCGAAGCUGCCAUAUUUGGAUCACCUGAGGAAUCUGACGAACCCAGUCGAGCAAGCCGUGAGAGCACCUGCAAUCAAAAUCAAGGCGAUCAAAGAUGAAGAAAACACCAAGAUCACGAUAUGGAACCUCGCCGGACAGCAUGAGCUCUACUCGCUGCACAAUCUCAUGUUUCCCGGCCACGGCAGUGCGUCGAUUUUUCUGAUCAUAUCUAGCCUGUUCAGGAAGCCAGGCAACAGAGAACCAAAAACCUCCGGCGAGAUCGAAGAAGACCUGCAAUACUGGCUGAGGUUCAUCAUUUCCAAUUCAAGACGCGCGGUUCAGCAGUGUAUGCUGCCGAACAUAACUAUCGUGCUGACUCACCACGACAGGAUCAAUCAGCAGGCCGGUGGCCUGCCGGAGGCGACAGUGAGCUCGCUACAAAAGCUACGAGAGAAAUUCCAGGGCUUCGUCGAAUUCUAUCCAAUUGUGUUCACAGUUGAUGCAAGAUCAUCAGCAUCUGUGAGUAAACUGAGCCACCAUGUCCGAAAAACGUGCAGAACGAUUCUUCAGAGGGUUCCUCGAGUCUAUCAGCUCUGCAACGACCUUGUCGAUAUCCUGUCGGAUUGGAGAUUGGAAAACCACAACAGACCUGCAAUGAAAUGGAAGGAAUUCGAGGAGCUAUGCCAAGUGAGGGUUCCAUUUCUGAGAGUUCGAUCGAGGCACGACAACAGCAAAGACAAGGCAGAGUCGAGGCGGAGAGCAGUGGCUUCGAGCCUUCAUCACAUAGGAGAGGUGAUUUACUUCGACGAAAUGGGAUCCUUAAUCUUGGACUGCGAGUGGUUCUGCGACAUACUCGGCCAGAUAACAAGACUAGAUAUCAGAUCAAAGAAAAGCUUCGAUGAAAAAACUGGAUUCAUAAGCAGAAAAUACUUUGAGAAGAUUCUGAUAGGAAGCUUACAGAGUCACAUUCCCGGGAGGGGCUCGAAUGUUGUCGAGAACCUGGAACCCGAUGAAAUUAUAAGAACAAUGCUGAAAUUGGAGCUCUGUUGUGCACAAGAUCCAUCGGAUUCCAACUCGCCAUUGCUGAUCCCAUCCAUUUUGGAAGAUGGGAGAUGGAAGCUGCAGAGAUGGCAGCAGGUGAUAAGCCCCAAUAUCCAUUUUGUUGGAAGGCGUCUUCAAUGCGACGACUCGAGCCACAUGUUACUCACGCCGGGAUUCUUCCCUCGCCUGCAGGUAUCAUUGCAUAACAAAAUAAUGGGAUCGAAGAACCAACACGGCGCAUCAUACAGCCUUGAGAAGUACCUCAUCUUGAUAAACAUAAACGGGAUCCAUGUUCGUGUCGAGCUUGGAGGACAACUAGGCUAUUACAUCGACGUGCUCGCCUGCUCCACAAAGGGCCCGACCGAAAUGCUCAGACUCUUCCAGCAACUCAUAAUCCCGGCAAUACAAAGCCUCUGUCAUGAAAUCGCGCUGACUGAGUACGUUGUUCGGUCUGAAUGCGUGAAGAAUCUAACGCCUCCAAGAUACCGGAGGAGCCAAUGUGCACAUCUACAGCGGCUAAAGCAGGCGCUGCUUUCGGUUCCUGCAGAGAGCAUUUACGACUAUCAGCACACAUGGGACACGGUUACAGAUUCGGGAAACACUAUUAUAAGCCCUGGUUUUGAUUUUGCCCGGGAUCUGUUGUCGGAUGAUGACUUCAGAGAGGUUCUUCAUUCGCGGUAUCAUGACCUGUAUAAUCUUGCUAUGGAACUUCAAGUUCCGGAGGAAAACAAUCCAGACCAUCCCUCAUCGUCUGGUGACGAAAUAACAGGCUCGGUCGAACCAACAUUUGCCGGGAUAGCAAAAGGAGUUGAGGCAGUCCUGCACAGGCUGAAGAUCAUCGAACAAGAAAUCAGGGACGUCAAGCAAGAAAUUCAGGGCCUGAGAUAUUACGAGCAUCGGCUGUUGAUCGAACUGCAUCACAAAGUAAACUACCUUGUGAACUACAACAUUCAAGUCGAAGAAAGGAAAGUACCGAACAUGUUCUAUUUCGUCACGACAGAGAACUACUCGAGGAGGCUGAUAACCAGCAUGGUUUCAGGCAUGACAGCGCUUCGGUUGCAUAUGCUAUGUGAAUAUCGACGGGAAAUGCACGUGGUCGAGGGCCAGACGGGCUGCGAGCUCAUGCAGGUGAAUAACAUCACGGUGAAGUGCCUGGCGCCCUACAUGAAAUCGUUCAUGAAACUGUUGACAUUCGCCCUCAAAAUCGGAGCUCAUUUAGCAGCAGGGAUGGGUGAAAUGAUACCUGAUCUGGGCAGGGAGGUCGCUCAUCUGAUCAAUUCUCCGGCGCUUUAUGGAGCAGCCGGCGCAGCAGCACUUGGGGCUGCUGGAGUUGCUGCAGCCGUGAACAGGAACAGAGACAGGAGCCCGAGAGACGUCGAACAGGAUCAUAGAGCAGCUCAGCAAUGGGUGAUGGAUUUCUUGAGGGAUCAGAGAUGUUCGACUGGAAAAGACAUUGCUGAGAAGUUCGGCCUCUGGCGAGUCAGAUACAGAGACGAUGGACAGAUUGCGUGGGUGUGCCGGUGGCAUAUGCACGCCCGGGCAUACGAAAUCAUGGAGGUGCCGAUUUGAAGUGCCACCUGAUGCAUCAAAUCAACAGAGUAAUGAAAAAAAAAAAGCAGAUAUCAGAUGAAAUAUCGACUAUGUCUUACAAAUUACAACACUGCUUCUAGCUCUUCGCCGCGAUGAUCUACAGAAGGCAAGUCUAAGAACAGUUAGUUGUAUAACAAACCAGAAAGUUAGAUUCACAGUAACUAUGUAAAAACUGAAGAGCAAUUAUCUGAAAGCUACUGGUGGUGCAAAGUUCAUUUAAGCAUACAAGUCAGGAUCAGAAAUUUAAAUCCAACACGAAGUUCUGUAACAUAACAAUGUUGCUAUUAGCAUCAGUUUCAUUCUAAUAACUUAAAAGUUCUCAGAAGAAAGCUCGACUCCCAUAAAAUACUCGAGAACCAGGGGUCUUCGACCCCGGUGUUUUCUGAUCAGAGCUCGAAUCUUCAGUGCUGGUUGUUGCGCUUUCAAAGUCUCCGGGAAGCUUCAUUUUGGCUAAAGAUUCAGUAAACUGCUGCAUACUCUUCAUGUACAUAUCGAUUAUGUCUUGCUGAACUACCUUCGGCUCCGGCUCGAUGUUUAUGGUGACAAGAGGCUUUCCAAAUGUCUUAUCAUACAGCUCACCUGACCCAUUGCUCUUGUCAUCUUCUACGUCGCCGCGGGCACUGUUCUUUUUGGAAGUAUCUUGAGAAGGUAAGACAUUCUCUACAUUGGGAGUUUUUGAAUCUUUUGGAGCCUCGGAAGACUGGAAACUCGCAGGAACUGAAGCAUAUGAAGUCCCAUGUGUAGAUACACUGCUUGGAGGAGAAUCAAAGUUUAACUGUGGCCUCGAACUUUCGGACCCUGUCGAGAAGCUCUCCUCAUGAUGAAUAUCCGAAACCACUUGAGUUUCGGUAACAGAUACAACCGGCUGCGAAUCCUCAUCAGGGCAAGGCAUCAUAAUGUACUCUUCAACCAUCUGAUUAUUCUCAUUUACAAUCUUCGGAUCCGGGAACUCAAUCUUCUCAAAGUCUUCAGGAGCAGUUUCCGAGUCCUGACAUAUUGGAUCAACUUCAUUGCAUUUGGGCUGCGGCGCAGGAAUUGGAAUGACUUCCGGAAGGGUCCCAAUAUAAGAGAUUGAUAGCUGAACAAAUCCAGCAGGCGAGUGAAAGAGUUCGGUCGAGGAGAGAGAGAACUCCUUCUCCAACUUCCCAUUGUGAAGGAGGAUUUCGGAAACAGGCACCAAAGCGAAUCCGAGGAGCUGAUCUUCGAGAUAAUUCCUCACCCUGCUUAGCAUCCAUAUCUCACAUUUAAGUGAGGAAUCAACCUUUCGAACAUUAAGGCCAAGAUUCUCAUUGAAGAUUGGAUUUCUCCCGCCACCAUUGAUGAUUUUGGAGGACACCGUCUUCUCGGGAUCACUUGUCAGACAAAGUUUGGCAUAAACAUCUUGGUUUUGGUAGAUGCAAAUGUUGUGGAUGUCCCUAGCUUGGUGAAUGUAGACCUCCAAA